GACGCCAGCCCGCCUUUGCCACAGCCUGGGCUCACCUUUCGGACUUUGUUCUUGCCGCUCGUUCAAGAACGGGUGCUGCUUCUGUUUCUCGGAGAGUUUUUGUGUAGCGGGAUCGUAGCGUAGUAGGUAGCGGGUGAGGGCUGAGUGUGCUGCCGUGGAGGACGAGGCGGAAACAGAAACCAAGUCGAUCUGCUGCGGGCGACGGUCGACGGGGAGUGUCCGCAUGCUGGAGUAGAGUUUUAGAAGUUGAGAGAGGUCGAGAGCGGGAAGAGUUUUCCGACAGAUUUUGGAGAGACGUAACUUGGUGUACUGGCAGAUGAAGACGGGGAUUGUUGUAGAUGGUUUGGAGGUGAGGGUGCGUGAAGGAGAGGGUGUUGCUUGCGUAGUGCGUAGUGGGAGGACGGUAGGAAGGUGGUGAUGGGAAGGGGAACGUCCCCCUUGCGCAGUUUGGUGCGUGGUUCUCCGAGAAAGCCCUCCCAGGAGAAUAUUGACGCCAAUGUUGUUAGUUCGGGGGAUCUCACGCCUACGCGGAAACCUUUGAGCUCCAUAGCGGAGGGUGGUCGUGUCCCUCUCAUGUCGUCUGAUGAGAAUAUUGUCGAUGUCCUGACGCCCUCAGGGAAGAUGGAUGCUACAACGCCGAAAGCGAAGAAGAGAAGUGGCCAGUGCUUAUUCCCCUUGAUGGAGAACGUUGAUGGGGGAAAUGGGACUCCGGAGAAGCAAGGUCAUGGAAAAUUCAAGAAAUCGCAUAUCCGUCAUCCAUCUCCUGCAAAAAGUCAAUCUGUCACCAGGGCUUUAGAUAGCAGCUCGACCGAGCCAGGGAUCGAGAUGCCCUUGAGUGAGACAUCUCACGCUGCAGUGCCUCUAUGUAGCAAGGGACAAGCAGAGCUACACGGGGUCACUAAACAUUGUGCGGAGAACGGUAAUUCUCACACUCCUCGUGCGUACAGGAAUGUGACUGACCGCGGAAACAAACAUGGCUCUGAUUGUGAGCCAAUAUCCUCUCGUCCGGUGCCGAGUCAGAACACUUCCGCCACUCCUGCCAAGAGUGUGACCCGGACUUUGAAAUACGGAGGUGCCCAAGGAUCUGCAGUGGCAGGUACUUCGACCUCCCGUGCGCUCGUACCUCUUCCUUCCGGCGGCAGAAGUGUCAGUCAAACAACAGCUGAGCAACAUUUCGAUCUUGAAGAGGACCCUACGUUCUGGCACGAUCACAAUGUGCAGGUCUUAAUCAGAACUCGCCCCAUCAGUGCCUCUGAAAUGGCCUCUCAAGGCUUCAGUAAAUGCCUAAGGCAAGAGGGUCCUCACCAAAUCACCUGGUUGGGGCAACCUGAAACUCGUUUCACAUUUGACCACGUGGCUGGUGAAAUUAUCACUCAGGAGAAACUGUUCAAUGUUGCGGGAUUACCAAUGGUGGAGAAUUGCAUGGCAGGUUACAAUAGCUGCAUGUUCGCAUAUGGCCAGACUGGAAGUGGUAAGACGCAUACUAUGCUUGGAGACAUUGACCAUAUCAGCGAUAGACCAAGUGAUAAUAGGGGCAUGACUCCGCGUGUUUUCGAGUACCUCUUCUCAAGGAUUAAAUUGGAAGAGGAACAGCGCAAGGACGAGAACCUGAAAUUUAUGACCAAAUGCUCCUUCCUUGAAAUAUACAAUGAGCAAAUUACUGAUUUGCUGGAACCUACGUCCACAAACUUGCAGAUGCGAGAGGAUGUACGGAAAGGAGUCUAUGUGGAGAAUUUGACAGAAGUCGAAGUCCACUGUGUUCAAGACGUCAUUCAAUUGCUUUGUCAGGGAUCGGCCAAUAGGAAAGUGGCAGCUACGAACAUGAACAGAGAGUCCAGCCGCUCUCACAGCGUAUUCACAUGCAUCAUCGAAAGCAGAUGGGAACGCGAUUCAAUGACCAACAUCCGAUUUGGGAGACUGAAUCUCGUUGAUCUUGCAGGAUCUGAAAGGCAGAAAACCUCCGGAGCCGAAGGUGAACGUCUGAAAGAAGCUGCGAACAUCAACAAAUCUCUUUCUACUCUUGGAUUGGUCAUCAUGAUUCUAGUCGAUGUCGCCAACGGCAAACAACGCCAUGUUCCUUAUCGAGAUUCGAAGCUCACUUUCCUUCUCCAGGAUUCUCUCGGAGGAAACUCGAAAACUACCAUCAUUGCUACCAUCAGUCCUUCCAGCUGCAACGCUCUUGAAACCUUGAGUACUCUUAAAUUCGCCCAGCGCGCCAAGCUCAUCCGCAAUACGGCUGUGAUCAAUGAAGAUGCCUCGGGGGAUGUGAAAGCACUGCGUGCUCAGAUUCAACAGAUGAAGGAAGAAUUGGAUCGUCUCCGUCGUCAAAGUAUUUCAAGGGUUCCUCUUUCACAAGAUGACUUCAACCCUGUUCGAAGCUCAUUUGACUCCUGGGGAGAUGCUCACCGAUUUUUUGGCAGCCCGCAAGUAUCCAGCAGAAAGUUAAGACAGAUGGAAGCUGUUGUUGCCGGGGCCUUGCGGCGUGAGCAAGCAGCUGAUGUUACCACGAAACGCUUGGCAGCGGAAAUUGAACAACUCAACCGGCUGGUGCAUCAGAGAGAGGCCGAUACGCAGAGUAGCAAAAUGAUUUUACGAUUUAGGGAGGACAAAAUUCGCAGACUUGAGACUCUGUCACAGGGGUUACUCUCCGUGGACUCAUACCUUGCGGAGGAGGGAAAAAUGUUGAUGGAAGAGCUUCAACUGAUGCGGGAGAAGGUGGAUCGCAAUCCUGAGCUGACUAGAUUCGCCAUGGAGAACAUCCGUCUUCUAGACCAAUUUCACAGCUUACAGGAGUUCCACGAAGGUGGAGAGAAAGAGAUUAUGUUGGAGGAAAUUUCUAACCUCCGAGACCAACUUCUAGAGGUGCUCGAUGGGAAGAUUGCUGUGGACCAAGGACUGGUCCCUCUCACCACUCCUCAGAAAAAAGCUCUUGCACCAGAGCUUGCUGCAACCGUUCGUGAGAACGAGCUUCUACGAAUUGAGGCUGACAAUUAUCGAUCUGAAGUGGAGGAACUCCGGAGCAACUUAAGUUCUUCUCUGGAGAGUUACUCCAAGAUGGGAAGGCAAGUGGAUGAACUACAAGAGCUUGUUGAGAAGCUGAAGUCAGAACUUGCUUCCAAGACUGAUAGUGCAGAAGUGCCCAACAUGAAAGCUCUUGAGUUGGAGAAUCUUAAACACCUUGAGUUGAUUGCUGACAUGAAGCUUCAAUUGGAACAAACUGAAGAGAAGACCAAAAUGCAGGAGAGUACGCUUGAGCGGCUUGAGCAUCAGUUGCAGGACUCGAUGCAAGAGUCCAGAAAUCUAAAGUCAGAGCUUGAGGCUAUGAAGGAGGCGUUUGAAGCUGCCCGGGUCCUUACCAAGAAACUUCAAAGUAAAGAAGCGGCUCUUGUGGGUGCCCAGUAUGCAGCAGCUGUAAAGCAAAUAAGGCUGGAGACGGAGGAAAUGGCAGUGCAACAAAGCCAAUCAUUGACAAAUAUUCAAGAAAUGGCUGUCAUGUUUCGCAUGAAGGAGAUCGAACUUAGAUCUCAACUCGACGACGCGAUGAUGAUGAUUCAGAAGCUUUCGGUUAAUGAAGAACAGCGGAAAUCUUGCGGGGUCUCUGUCCAGAAUGACUCUAGCAAUGCUUUAAACAGUGUUCGAACUGAAGAUGGCUCAGCAGAACGACUCCAGAAAGCCCAGGAAAUCGAGAUGCGACAUGCCGAAGAAGUGAUGCAAUUACAGUUGGAGCUUGAGUCCCUCGAGGCAGUCCUUGACGAAGAACGGACCCAUAAAAAGGAUCUGGAGGAGAGGCUUGCUACCUUAGACGAGGAGAGCUCCCAUCGCCCGGAACUGGAGGAGAAGAUCGCCAAGCUCACGCAGCAGUUGCAAGAGUCUGAAGAGAUGGUCUCCAGUUUGAAGGCCGCAGCUGCGGUGAGAGAGAUAACUUCCUUCGACACCGUUUCUCGUCCGAGGGAGCUCCCUGAUCAGGAGAGGUCCCUGGUGGAAGCCCUGGAGACCCAGCAUAUCUACACUAUCCAGGAGUUCGAUGUACUGCAAUCCGAAUACACCAAAGUUGUGUCGAGGUUGAAGAGGAGGGAGGAGAGAGAACGUAUUCUAAGGAAGAAAAUAGAUCGCUUAGAAAAUGAAUUGACGAAAGUCCAGGAGAUUCGUGAACUUGAACAUGAGUAUGCUGAACUGGAGGAGAGAAGCGAGGCUGCUGAAGAAAAGAGGUUGAUUCUAGAGCAGAAACUCGAGAAUGCGAAGAAAGAGCUAGGAAUUGCCCAUGCAGAAAAUCUCAAGCUCAAGGUAGAAGAGUGUGACAGAGACUUGACCCGGUGUCAGGCAGAAUCUGAGACUGCCCAAACCAUCACAUCCAUGCAAGAAGAACUUUGGGUCUUAAGAGCUGAAGCUGAGCAAACAAAUAUGGAGCUCGCUUCUGCAAGAAAGUCGGUGACAGGGCUCACAGCUCAGCUCGACAGUAUGAGGAUGAUGCUGAGUGACGUCAAAGGUGAGAAGCAACUGGUAAUGGAGAACUACGAGUCUAUGCUGAAAGUCAAAGACAUUGAGAUUGAAGCCCUGCGUAAGGAAUGGCAGGGUGCCACUGUGAAGCUCAUAGAUUAUCUUGCUGAAGGAGAUCAAGCUCUAAAUGAAGCUUCCUUUGAAAUGGAGCAGAUUUUUAACGACUACUUACCUCCCUCAGCUAGGUCCAGCCGGGAUAGCAUGACGCACUCCAGGAAUAUUGAAAAAAAGAAAGCUGUUGAUCAACUUAAAUUACAGUUGCAGCAUGCUCAAGAACUAGCCAAGGACGCCGAGGGCAGAGUAAGAGUGCUGAGUGAAACGGCCUUUGCUAUGGCUACAGCUCAGGCUCAAGAAACCCCUCAGAAGGUUCAUCGGCUUAGUAUGCAAGCUGUUGAAGCUAUGGAGGUUCUGCAGGGUGAGCUGGAUUCUUCCAGGUCAAAGUUACUCCAGUUUGAGAAGAACGCCAUGGUGAUGUCUGUUCUUAUUCUCUGGCUUGUGAAAUCAAUGGAAGCCAAGGAUUUGUCAGGAAGAAUUGCCCGAACAGAACUCAAGGAAAUGGAACUUGUUAUUAAAGAUAAAGAGAUGUUGCUCUUGCAAUUACGUCAAGCUCAGGAGCUGGAUCAGUCUUUACUGAGAGAAUCCGAAGGAAAAGUCGCUCAACUGUCCAAUACUCUAGAGCAAUCCGAGAAACUUGUUGAUGUGAGGGACAAAACUGUAUCAUCUCUAGAAGGCGAGAUGUCCAGGCUUCAGUCGGCUUUAGAAGCAGUUGCUAGUGAGAAGGAACAGCUCAUGCUACUGGCAACGAAGGCUGAGAACGAAGCGUCUGAUUCCUCCUCAGCUAUGAAUAUCCUUGAGGAAGAGCUAAAAGUGACAUUGGCUAAGUUAAAGGAGGCUGAGGACAAACUAGGUGAAGCCACUACAGCGCAAGCGAGCCUUGCAGUCAUUAAAGAAGAGUGGGAAACAGAGAAGAUGAUCCUUCAAAGCGCCUUCACCAGCUUGGAGAAAGAGAAACUGAAUCUUGAAGCUGAUAUUAGUUCUAUCAGAUUGAAGUUGGUUGAGUCGCAGGACCGGUCGGAUAAGCUGAGCAGCGAGCUUGUCGAGAGGAUCGCUGAAAUAGCGGCUCUUCGUGAGGACUACGAGAAGAUAUCGUGCAUGAGUAUUUCAAAUGAAGAAAAGCUUGGCUCCCACGAAGUGGAGCUAGAGCAGCUAAAAUCUGAAUUACAACAGAAGGAGGCCUUGAUGAAGCAGGCAGAAAGUGAACAUCUCGAGUCAUUGAGGGCUUUAGAGGCAACUAAUCAGGAGAGAGUUCUACAAAUCGCUGACCUUGCUGAACAAAGAGAAGCACUCUCUAGUUUGAGCGUCAAGAAGGAGGAAGAGCUAUGUGAGAGCAAAAAGGAAAUUCUGAAUCUCCAAGCAGAACUGCAUACGAAGCAAGUGCUUCUGCAAGAAAUUGAGUCCAAGCUUCUACACACAGUUGAAGCCUCAGAUACUCUAAUCAAGGAGAAGGACGAGAAUAUUGCCUCGCUGAAACAGGAGACCGAGCGCAUGUCUUGCAUGAGCAUCCAGAAAAAGGAUGAUGAGGUUGUCGAGCUGGAAAGAAAGCUUAAAACUUUGCAAGACGAGAACGAAGCUAAGGAGAGAUCUCUGGCAGGAGUCGAGAAACAGCUCUCCGAGUCAGUUAAAACAUCCAAAUCACUCAGCGAGGAGAAAGAAAAGGAAAUCGUUGAGCUUAACGAAAGAGUGAAUAAAUUGUCCACUACGUCUGAUGAAAACAAUGCAGAGCUGGCCCGCCUUCGUCAAGAAUUGGACACGCUUCAAACACAGUUGAAGACUACAGAAUCUUCUCUCGAAGAAUCCCGCAUUAGCGUCACGCAAUCAGACAAAGCAUCAGAGAAACUUGCAGAGGAGAAAGAGGCUAUGCGAAUCGAAUUAGAAUCUCAAGCAUUAGUUCUUCAGGAGGCCCAUACUCGUAUUAUUCAGUUAGACGCGGCUCUAGAACAACUUUCAGCAGAGAAGCAAACCCUUCAAACUGAUUUGGUUACAAUGGAGUCACUUCUUCAAGAAUCCCAGGCUCGUGUUGAGCUGGCAGAUGCGGCCUUGCAGAAACUUGCUGAAGAGAAGGAUGUUCUUCAAUCCCGUAUUGAUACUAUGACGCAGGAUGCACAUGUGGCAGCCUCUAGGUUGUGUGAAGCAGAGGAGGCACAAUCCGCCAUGAAGGAGAAGAUCGCGGUUAUCGAGGAGAGAAUCGUCGAAUACGAAGUCAAAGAGCAAUCUUUGAUCAUGGAAAUUGAAGAGUUGUAUACCUCCAGGAGUAUGAGUGAUGAAGACGUGCUCCAGCUUCAAUCUGAGGUCCUGGAACUCAAGAGAGAACGAGAUAGUCUGAAUUUGAACGUCUCCACCAAAAACAUGCAAUCAGCCAUCAGCGAGAGACUACAGCUUGUCCAGGCGACGUGUAUUGAGACAGACGACAGAAUCACUUCCAUGCAGGCGGAAAUAGAUGGUUUGAGUUCAGCCAAGCAGGAUUUGGAGGCUGAAGUUCAAUCUAUCGAAGUUAAGGUCGCAGAUCUGCUCUUGCAACUGACCGACAGGGAAGAGAACCUGGAAAUUGCUCGGAAGGACCUCGAACGAGUGCAGUUUGACUUGAUGAAUGCAUCUCAAGUCAACUCUGCACUAACGAUAGAGUCCCGAACCUUUUGCGAAGAACUGGCUGCUGCGAAUUCUAGAAUUCAGACGGAUGAGGAGAACAUUGCUAAAAUGACCGAGACAAUUGAUCAUUUGAACAAGUCCAAAGCUGAUAUGGAGGCAGAAUUUCGUCUCCUUCAGAUUCGAUUGGAGGAAGCAGGAGCUAACCGUUUGCAGGUUCAAGAGAAGUUGGAUGCCCUGACAGUAGUGAUGCAUGAAUUCUCAGUCUCAGAACAGAGCUUGAGGAAUGAGAGAGAUAGGCUUGCAACUGACUUAGAGAUAAUUAAAGCGAACUUGGAGCAGGAACAAGCUCGGUGUUUGGCUGUACUAGAAGAGAAAGAAGCUCUUCAUGCCAGCCUCCUAGUUGUUGUAGGUGAAAGAGAUGACGCUCUAACCGUCCCAUCAAAAACUCGCUCUGAGAAGGUCGACUCAAUCACUAGGGCAGUGAAGGAUGUUUCUUCCGACGCAGACGAAGUCGAAUUAGCGAAAGCUCGGGCCGCAUUGGCUGGCGCAGAGGAGAAGAUCAAAUUGUUGGUGGACGCUAAUGCAACAAUAACUAAUGAGUGGGAAGGAGAAAGAUCCAGGUUGAAUGCUGACAAGGAAUUGCUGCAAUUAGAGAUUUCCCGACUGGAGAACCCUGCUCAAACCGCCUUGGACCAGGACAGCUCUAUAAUUGGGAACCCAGAAGCUGGGAAAGACCACUACGUGGACGAGCUCAAGCAGUUGCUAAAUAGAACCAGCGCCGACUGUGAAAAACUACGGUCUAAACUCCGAGACAGGGACAACACGAUUUUGUCCGUUAAACUGCAACUGGAGGAGGCUAUGGUCCAUUACAAGGAGACCGAGAUUGAAAUGGAGAAGACGAUCAGAGAAAAAGAAGACGCAAUAACAAGAAUAUCUGAGUUGGAAGAGGAGAUCCAUGAUGCUCAGGAGGAGGUUGUGAUGCGCAGGAAUCAAGUAGAGGCUUUCGAGCUCGAGCUGGAGACGUUAGUGGCGAGGGUAACCGACUCUGAGUCUCAAUGGAGAGCAGAGAGAGAUCAGCUAGAGCGCGAGAGGGACCAUGAUCAGGCUGUGGCCUACGAGGUAGAGGGUGAGUUCACUGACCAACUCAAUUGUGUCAGUGAUGUCGCCCUAGCCGAGUCCGAGGCGAAUACCUGCAUCGGAAAGAUAUCCAAUCAAACCAACUGUUCCUCUCCGGUCAAAUCUUCUGAACCCGAGCCUCAAGAAGAAGUUCAGUCCAUGAACCUCUCGAUAGAAAGUAUCGCUGCCUUUGCCUUAGUGAAAGAGGAAGUUGAUUUUACUAAGAAUCACUGCGAAAACGAGAUGGGAUCACUGGCCUUGGACAUGGAAUCACUUAGAGCUGAUAUAAGCAACAGCUUCUUUGAGUUUCCAGUCGUUCAAACUCAGGAAGAGGUCAAGUCUGUCAUCGAAUCUUGUAGAGCUGAAAUAGCGUGUCUGAAUCGGAAGGUCGAAGAAUUGGAAGGUCUUCUAGCACAAAAUACAUAUGAAACAGAUCUUGAGAACACUAGGACUGAGCUUGAGAUGUCUGAGGCUGCUGUGUCCCAACUUCUAGCAGCGGUUAGUGAGAGGGAUGCUUCCUUGUCCACAUUAGAGUCAAAACUCAAAGAAACGCAAGACCGUCUGGUACAGCUCGACAUGGAGCUCGACGUUAACCAACGGGAAGCCCAGGCUGCGAAAUUAGCCCUCUCCAAUGUAGAUCAGUUGCGAUCACAUGUGGACAUUCUUCAAAGGCAGGUUACACAGAAAGAGGAACUAAUUAAAGGGCUUGAAUUCGAUAUCAACCUCUUGGAAGAGUCAGGAACUGCCGAGGCAGAGGCUGCGGCGAAGAUUAUAUCUCAACUGCAGAAGGAGUUGGAUUCGAAGAGUGGUGAACUUGAAAUGCUAAGAGUUCAGACUGCCUCACUGGAGGCGCAACUUGCUGCAAAGCUUCAAACAGUGGCAAGCAUUGAGAAGGAUAAUAUUGCUACGUACGCAAUUGCAUCAGAGGCUGCUGUAGAGAACGCCAAUAUGAUUAUUAAACUCCAAGAGUUGGAAUCUGAGCUCGCGGCACGUGAUGCACUAGUAAAGGAAGAAGAAUCCGUAAUAUUGUCUUUGAAGUCCGAGCUGGAAAGUGCCAAAUCAAUCAUAGCUGAGAAGGAGGCAGUCCUUUCUGAUGCUCGCCAGUUCGCACAGAUGAACAAGACCAGGUCUGAGGAGACGAUGGCCUCAGAGGAACAGUUGAAAAGCAGAAUUUCUUCACUCCAACAACAAGUCAAAGUUCUUGAGAAAAGAGUAGAGGACCAGAGCCAACUGCGAGAGAAGGUCGAGAAAGAACUCAGGUCGUCGAGGCUGCAAGGUUCCUCGCUACCUGCACAAGCAGAACAUGCCAAGCAGUCUCUGGAAAGGAAACUGAAACUCAUGGAAGCGGAGCUUGCGAUGGCGCAUCAAAGACGAGAAGUUUUGCAAUCGCAGUGUAACGAAAAGGACAAGCAGAUCAAGGCACUUAAUGUCCACAUUAACCAACUUACACUGGCUAAGCUGACCACUGGAAGUCAGCUGAAGGCGAAAGGACCCGAGGCACCGAUGGAAAACGGUGCAAUCAAGUCUCUUACUAGAACACCCAGCAUGGCCACAUCCAUGGACUACAGGAAUGCAGACAAUGCCGCCAGAUGCCGAAUUGAGGAGCUUGAAUCUCUCGCUGCUGGGCGUCUGAAGGAAGUGUACGCUCUGAAUGCUAAAAUUGCCGAGUUGGAAAGCGAAAUGCACGACGUGGUUCGUGAAUUGGUCCGAACCAACUUGGAUGUCCAGAAUAUCAAGUUAGAUCAUCCACAAGUUAAGGAGAUCGUAGCCACUGUGAGACGGCAAAGCAUCGAAAACCAGGGACCUAAUAUUGUCCAAGACGCCGAGCUGGAAAAAUUGCGGAAUAAUCUGAAUGAGCUCAUUGAGGAGAGAGACAGUUGGCUAGAGGAAAUUCAAAGAAAGCAGGCUGAAAUGGUAGCUGCCCGCGUCACUGCCGAAAAAAUGCGUUUCCGUGAUGAGACGCUCACAGCAGAGAACGAUAAGCUCAAGACACAAACUGCCGGACUCCAGAAAAGGAUAGGAGAAUUGGAGCAGGAAGUUAAAAAGCUGUCAGGGCAACAGAAUCUCCAGCAACGGAUUCAUCACCAUGCUAAGAUCAAGGACGAGAACAACUCUCUCAGGUUACAAGUUGAGGAUCUAAGCACCAAGAUGAGACGCUCCGAACUGAUGUUUGCUAGAGUUAAGGAUGAGCUUGAGCGAUACAGGAUAGCUGCAGGGAAAACUCCCUUUCCAAACAUUGAUGAAGAGCAGCGUCUCCGUAGCAAAUUACAGGAAGCAGAGGAGAGCAAGAUCCAGCUUGCCCAGCAAUUCAUCACCCUAUGCAAUGCGAUUCAGCAGGCUGCAGGUAAUGCUAAUUCUGUGCGUCAAGCCGAUCAGUCUGCCGCCAUGGAAGCACUCCGAGAAUUGGAAUCACGUCUACGAACUGCAGAAGAGGAAGUAUCCGAAUUCAAAUUCAAGACGAGAAUAUCUGGCGAGAAGCGACGGCUUAGUGAGUUGCGGACCUUGCAAACUCCAGUGAAAACGAACCCCGGUUCAUUCUCUCAGCAGUUUUUCAAUAGCCCUCUAACACGUCGGUGACACAGUGAAUAUCUUACUUAGUACAGGAACGUCUGCCCUCAUUAUUAGAUGAUAGUGGGUUUCCGCACAUUAUUUGUUUGUACAUUACUCUUUUUGAUUCAUUCCUGUGCCCGCUACCUUGGAAGGCAUAGAACAUCGAUAUUCCCUCAGUGAAUUUCUUGCUGCUCUUGUAAGCCGUGGCUAUUUCUUGAGUAUAUCUCCAGUACGUCUCAACCCCGCUAUCGGAAGGGACUUAUUUACUUAACUACUGUUGGAAGAGCUCAUAGUGCACACACGAUGGACUUAAGGCCUGGCCCCUUCAAUCAUAACUUGUACUUUAUUCUUUGAUAAUAAAUGUUGUAGCAGAAUGUAACCAAUGGUUGCUAUAUGGCAUUUAUAAAUCAA